AUGAAUCAGACGUCCCAACAAUCAACACCACCUCCAAUCAUCAAAACUGCCGCCAAACCAUCACCAGAGGAUGAUGAUCAGAAGAUGCAGACGUCGGGCCGGGUGAACUUCGACGGCUUCUGCCGCAUCGCCGCGCACUUCCUGGAGGAGGACGACUCGGAGGCCAUGCAGGAGGAGCUCAAGGAGGCCUUUCGCCUCUACGACCGCGAAGGCUACGUCAACAGAUUGUUGCUUUAG